AAACUUUGUUUUAAUAAAUUCCAAGAGAGUACUUUCUUGCGGAGACACUGCAAAAUGGAGUCGUCACGCAAGUUCUUACCUGCCGUUGUCCUCCUGCUUCUCAUCGUCGCAGCCAAAGAUAUGGCGGCCGUCCAGGCGAGGGAGUGCGAGAAGGAUAGUGCCAAAUUCGUUGGGCUUUGCAUGAAUGUAGACAACUGCGCCAAUGUGUGCCGUGGUGAAGGGUUCGCCUCUGCCAGGUGCAGCACAUUCCGCCGUCGCUGCGUCUGCAUUAAGCCGUGCUAGAUCAAGUGGAGGAUGCCCGUGAGACCGCCGGCCGAUAUGAUCGACCACCAGAUGCGUGCAUCGUCAAGUUAUUCUGUCAUACAUGGUAUACCUGCAUCAUGCAUGUAUUUAUGUGUGGCACACCUUCGAUAAGUCAGUCUUCAGCUUAUUGAAAGGCUUGUGCUUAAUUUGCUUCAGACAACAAUAAACCUGGCAGAUAUUUGCUUACUUCCCUUGUUAAGUAGUAGUAAGGUCGUCCAAGCACCAAACUAAGUCCUCAUCAUCUUACCAAAGUUAGUUCAUUUCCUCUCAACAUGACUCACCAGGUUUUCAUUGUAACGCCGAUGCUUGUACUCCUGUUUACAAUAUAUAUCUAAUUAUACAGAUACAGAGUUUCUGCUUGA